AUGGAACAGCGGCGGGUGCGACGGGACCAACCUCAGGCGUCACCGGACCGGAAUCGUCAGUGCAUGAGAACACCGGAUCGGGCCGCGGCGACGCGUUUAUGUCAGCUACUCCUCUUUUUCCGCAGUUUCGGCCGUCUCCGCUUCCAGGACAAUCCCCAGUGGCUUCGCCGCCUAGUUCUUCGAGGGCUUGGUUUGCGAGGUUGGGUGACUACUUACAGAGGACUGUGGAAGUGUGGCCAGUUCCAACCGGCUGUGAUGCAUCAAGAUGACUGGCGCAUCCGAGAUGUGACUCAGGCAGUCAAUUCUCCUCUACCGCAGGCGCCUGUGAGGCACCAAAGAGAGAUGGAUCCGCGUCCGCCGUCUAGCAGCGGAUCUGCCGGAGUGUCGCCGGAGCUUAUUCAGGCGGAAGUGUCGCGACAGCUGGAGUCCAUGAUGUCUGAGGUCAAGGGCCAGCUGCAGGAGGAGCGUAUGAGGACCCAGGACGCGCUCAUGGAAGCGCGCUUUCUUCGACAGCAGCUGGACUUCCUCUUCCACUGGCUGAUGGCUCUGGAGUUUCUGCAGGAGUUCCCUCGAGUCAUCCUCUACCUGGUCCUGUGGUACAAGAGCGGGCGAGCUGAUCGUCCCGAGACCGUGAAACCGGGGAUUACACAGCUCCCAAUGCUUCCUGAGUACAGACCAGCAACGGGUUCCAUAGACCUCUUGAACUGGUUGACGCACAUAGAGCCGAUCAUGCAGGACCUCUCGGAUACGAGUAGCUCAUGGUGGAGGGCAACACUACAGGAUGCUGCGACUUGGUAUGCUCAAUACAGCGCGGCCCCACCGCUCCUUCGACUACAACUGAAACCAAUAGCUUCCACAGGGCAUGACCGACCAGAAUGGACCCGAGUUGAACGUAGGGCUACUGCCAUGAUCCUUUCUGCAAUCCCCGGCACAGUCAAGGAUGAAGCUAUCUCCGCGGGUACAAUCACGACCCUCACGCUUUUGUGCAAGCUUUACACUGUGUACCAACCGGGUAAUUUGCAGGAGAAGGCCCUCAUCCUCCAACAGCUUGAACGCCCUGAACCAUGUGCCAGUGCCCACGCCGCUGUUGAAGGCCUACGGAAGUGGACGCUUUGGAGAAGAAGAGUGGAGGCCGUCGGGAUUGCCGAACCUGACGCAUCAGUUCUGGUUCAAGGUUUGGAUCAGAUAACCUCACAGGUCGUCAAGGGGAACUCUGAGCUGUCCUUUCGAGUUUCCCUUAUUCGAAGCAGUCUUCAAGUUGAUGUGUGCCCCACAGUGGACUCUGUGACGUCAUUCUCUCAGCAUUUGCAAGCUGAAAUGGAACAACAAGCACGGCUUGGUGCUGUGAUGACCCCGCCGGCCGUGAGCCUGAAGGCGAUCACCUCCACUUCAUCUCCAGAUGCCGGUGAAGCUUCUGGGGUAGCUGGAACAGGUGGCUCUCCGCCGGCCCGUCCCAACAAUGGCUUGUGUCGCUUCUUCGCAGGAGAUAAAGGAUGCCGGCGAGGAAAUACUUGCCGUUAUCCUCACACGUGGAACCUGCUGGAAAAGGGGGGUCGCUCCAAGAAGUGUUUGGCCUGCGGUUCCACCCAGCACAAGGUGAAGGAUUGCAAGGCUCCUGGAGGAUCUCAGUCACCAUCGAGAACCAACAAAGGGCAGGUCACUGGCCCGGGUGAGACGGGUUCUACUUCCCCUACUGCGACGGUGGAGUCUUCGGCAAGAAGGGUGACGUUUGAUGGGGAGCAGAUCCAGGCGAAAGUCCUCCAGACCCUCAAUGAUGUACGGUUUUUACCAAUGGUGCGGUCAGUGGUCAGCAAGGUAUGUGGAUGGGCGACAAGGAGGACUCCGCCGUCUCCGCGUUCGAGGUCGGCAUUGUUGGACUCAGGAGCAACACAUGUUUUGCGAGGCCCACGUGAUGAUGGUGAAUGGGAGGCCGCUCGUGAAGUUCGGGUUCAACUGGCCGGGGACUCUAGCACUUCUAUGAAGCAAACCCAGGAAGGGACGUUGUUGAACGAGGACCAGAUGGCCCAGAUCAUCGUUCCCCUGGGCAAGGUCAUUACUCACCUAGGCUUCCGACUUCAUUGGACCGCGGAAGAGUGCUACCUUGAGGGUGAGGAUGGUGAGGUGAUCAACUUGGAUGUGGUGAGAGGCUGUCCCGAGGUGAGUGAAGAGGUGGCCCAGACUUUGAUUGCUCGGUUGGAGCAGUCACAACUCCCUGAGCUUGUGAGCUCAACUGAGGCGUCGGUGAGGGCGCUGGGUGCUGUGAAGACAAGUUGGAGGGCUUGCUUGAUGGAGUAUGUUGUGAGUGGCAACAUGGAGUCGGGCAGAGCUGCUGUUGACAAGGCCUCCUUCUUGAUGUACCGCGAGGAGGUAAAGGAAGCCUUGAUUGUGAAGCGAUCUACAAAGGGUGUUUGGGACAUCUUGAAGGGCAUCAAUGUGAACCGGCGCUCCAGAAAGCGUCUCCUUCGUUCGCCCUCCUGGGUGGUCCGGUGGGACCCCCCGUCUGUGGAUCGCCAGCGGGAUGACUUGAAGCAUCUUGGAGGUGCUGAAGAGUCUAUUUACCUCAAUGUCAACACCUUGCUGGUCGACAAUGAGUUUCAGGAUGUGUGGCGAGUGUUGUUGUGGGGAGCUACGUCAGGGAAGAUAACUACAGUUGUUGCACGCGAUUGUCAAGGAACCUCCCUGGAUCAAGUGGUGGCGGCUCCGCAUCGUGAUAAGGUGCACCUUCUUCAUGCGUUGUCUACGGCGGGCCGCACGGUACGUGGUCAGGGCCAAGUUCGGCUACUUGUGGAAGAUUGGGAUCGGGUUCAGCGAACAGAUCAAAAUCCCGAUGAUGAUAUUUGGCCGGCCUGGUCACGAUGUGUGGAUGCACGGGAGUAUGUGAAGGAGAUGGGCAUCAUGGAUAUCUCGAUCUCUCGAUUCACUGGCAAAAGAUAUGCGAGGUUAGCUCGCAUGGAUGGGGAUGCCGCAUGGCGUCUCCAUGUGAUGAGGGGCCACCAGCCCUUCCGCCGAGAUUGCUCGGUAUGUGUUCGGAACAGCGCCACGGGCAAGCAGCACCGGGCGACAAUGCACCCGAUGGCCUACAGCCUCAGCGUUGAUGUUGUGGGCCCUCUCAAGGAGUACGGCAAAUCACCUGAUGGGAAGUUCUUCAAGUACUUUGUGAUAGGUGCUCUGAGGAUACCUAAGAUCGAAGGUGGAGAAGGCCAUCCUGAAGUUCGGGGCCACCCAAUCCCUCCUGAAGGUGAUCCUGAGUGUCCGGAUGAAGAUGUGUUGUCCGAGGAGGAGGUUGAUGAGGACGAGUCCAAGGCGCCCCUCGAGACCUCAACCCUCUACUUCGCGGUCCCCGUCAACAACAAGAAGGCGGCAACGAUGCUACCGGCGGUCCAGAAGAUUGUCUUGGAUGUGAAGGCAUUGGGAUAUCCGGUUACCCGUCUCCAUAGUGAUCGAGGAGGAGAGUUCAGGGGCCACUUGGUGAGACGAUGGGCUCUGUCACAGGGGAUGUGGCCUACGACGACUUCGGGUUCUGAGUCGGCCGCCAAUGGUGUUGCAGAGUCUGGUGUCCGUUACCUCAAGCGCCGAGCGCGCGUGUUGAUGGAUAGCGCGGGUGUUCCUAAGUGCAACUGGCCUACGGCGAUACAAUACGCCGCCACCCAGCAACGCUAUGAUGCUCUGGGCAUGAUGUCACCAAUGCCUUUUGCUUAUGGGGCUCGUGUCUACGUGAAGACCAAGAAGUACAAGACUGGAGCAGUGGAGGACUUUGGCCCCCAUUGGACUCAUGGGCGUUAUGUGGGCCCGUCUACCGAUGUUCGAGGUGGACACUUGAUCGUGAAAGAGUCCGGGACCUUUGUUCAGACCACCCAUGUGAGGGUUACCACCGACCCUCCGCCUCUUGAUAAGGUUGCUCCUUCAAUCAUUGUUGAAGCUGAGGGUGAGAAGAAGGAUGAACCUGUCGGAGCAGAACCCCCUCUACCACCACCGCAUGAACCACCACCGAGAACGCGGAUGCGAUCAAAGAUGCCUAGGGCAGCAAAGGUGGGCGAGCUCUAUGAGUUGUUUCCUGGAUUGUCAGAGAUUCAGAAUGACAUAAAGGGCUCGGAUGAGGAGGAGGCGGUCAUGAAGUACUUGAGGCCAGAGGAGAUUGAGUAUGUGGAGCUGGUUGCCAAGGACUUGUUUGUCAAAGAGAAGUUCACUGCGGAGGACAGUGCUCACCUGUUGGGCCUCUUUGCUGGGACAUGUGGAAACUUGAAGGUUCCCCGUGCUCCGGAGGGUCAAGGAAUGGUUAUGGGAGCAUUUGUUCAUGGCGGUUCGUUUGGCGUGACUCGGUAUGGCCGUGAUCUUCCCUGGACUACAAAGUAUUUCAACGUUUACAUGAUGAAAAAGAUUCUGGACCGAUGGCCUGGAACGAGACCAACAUGGUCUGCCCUUGUGAUCCAGGGUUCGGAUCAAGUCCCCCGGCAUCGUGAUGUUCACAAUGAAAGGGCAACGUUCAACUAUGUGUUGGAGUUAAAGUCUGAGGCGGUGAAUGGUUUGUGGGUGGAGAACAAGGGCGAUGAGAGAUGUGUUGUUGGAGGUGAAUGUCCUGUUGAUUACCAGUAUGAAACACCAGAUGGUGCAGUACAUGAAGGCUGUUUGGUUGAUGUUACGGAAUCACCGGCGGCGUUUGACCCGCGGAUCCCCCAUGCGUACGUUCAGACUGGGGGGAAAAGGUGGUUCCUGUCGGCCUACACCCCGCAAGGGGUUUCAAGACUGAGUGCUUUGGACAAGGAGUACCUCAACAACCUGAACUUCCCUCAGCGUCGUGAUGAAGUUGAUGAUCAUCAUGGAGUGCUGGAAACCACACCGGCACUAAGGACGGCUUCCUUUCCUUCAGAGGAUACACUGAGUGGAUCUCGUGUGAGUAUGCAAGAUGUGGAACCUGUCACCAUCGGUGAUUGUGAAGCUACCUUGUGUGAUUGGGGCUUCUAUGUGGAAGAUACCGUUGAGGAGGAGUACGCCCCCCACCAAUACCGUCAAGUGAGUUGCCUACGUCAGGUGUGUUCAUCAGAUGAUCCUGGUGUGGAGCUAAAUGGUUUGGUUCAGUCUAUCCAGGAGCUCGUUGAGGAGGAGGUUGGACCUAAGAUCACCGACGAGAUGUUGGACAACAUGGAGCAUUGGAGCUCUAUGGGACUGUUUGAUGUUCCAAGGAUUUGCAAGGUCGAGCCCGAGUACACCCCGGACAUUGAGGACUUGAUUAAUGCUGCUACCCGUCAGCGCAUCCCGCUUCGCCACACCUACAAUGUGAGUCCAUCGGAGGCUAGAUCCUCGAUUGAGAGGUGGAGGAGCUCUAUCAUCAAGGAGCUUGGCGUGGUUGAAAAGGGGUUCCAAAGGAUCAAGACGAGUGACCUGAGCCAGUUGAAAGUUAGCCACACGGUCCAGGAGCUUCCUUCGAAGCUUGUUUUCACGGUGAAACCACCAGCGAGCUCCACAGCCCAGCCGCAACAGGACAAUGAGGACGAUGAGUCACACUACUGCAAGCGUAAAAGCAGGAUAGUGUGUUGCGGGAACUUUGCUUCAGAUGAGGGCUAUGACUUGUUUGCUGGAGGUGUUGCGGCAGAAAGUCUUCGAUGCGUGUUGGUGUUCACGGCGGGUGAGGGCUGGAUGAUUGGGACCGUCGAUGUCACUGGAGCGUUUAUGUUGACUCCGUUGUCGAGGGCAGAAGGUCAAACGCUUUAUGUUAUACGACCACCAGCAGCCCUUAUCCAGCUAGGCUUGGCCGACAAGGACGAAAGGUGGCUGCUCACUCAUGGAAUGUACGGUUUACGACAAUCACCACGACUUUGGUCUGAGUACCGUGAUUCUGAGUUGAAGCAGAUGACCAUAGAGUGCAAUGACAAGUCGUGGUACAUGAAGCCUGGCAUCGCCGAGCCCAAUGUUUGGAUGGUGUAUGAAGUGGGCGUCCCCGUCGAGCAAGGACCAGCAGGCCUAGUACUGCUGUAUGUCGAUGAUAUUAUGCUUGCUGGCCCUCAUGAUUUGGUGCUGGCCAUGUCUUCAUCGAUUGGCCGGUUGUGGAAAACUUCGGAGCUAGAUCUACUGACUCCCGGCCGUGAUCUACGAUUUCUGGGAUGUGAGAUCUCGGUGAGCGAUGAUGGACGAGUGUUUUACAUUCACCAGCGGCCCUACAUCGAAGAGGUCCUCCGGCAUCAUGCGAUACCAGAUACCACGCUCUCCUAUGUCCAGGCCCCUCGCGAGAUGGUGACCUUUGAGGCGUUUGAGGACGAGGCGCAAGGGACAGAGGAGCAAGUAAAGGCUGCACAACGACUGUGCGGCGAACUACUGUGGCUUGCUCAGCGUUCGAGGCCUGACAUCAGCUACGUUGUCAGUGCCAUGGGAUCCCUACUUUCCCGGGCCGCCGCACGGUGCACGGCCAUUGGGAUGAGGCUACUAGCCUACCUCCAGCAGACAAAGCACUUAUCAUUGGCAAUGAGGGCAACAUCAGACGAGCUGAUCGCAUUCUCAGAUAGCUCCUUCGCCCCGCAAGGGACCCGGAGCUUUACGGGCGCAGUGCUGAGCUGGAGAGGAUCACCAGUUUCCUGGCGAGCGGCCAAGCAGCCGUUUACGUGCCUGAGCACGGCCGAGUGCGAGCUUGUCGCGUCCAUCGAGGCGCUUACAAUGGCCAAGUCCUUGGAAGCCGUGAUUCCUUUAGCUGGACCCAGUGGAACGCCCCAUUGUGCUUGGUAUCGACAACCAAGCCGCGAUAUCUAUCGCGCAACCUUCGUCUACGGCGUCAUGGAGAACGAGGCACUUGAGGGUGAGGGCUUCCUAUGUUCAUGA